CAAUCCUGGUCUAUUCAGGUUAUUGGAGAAAUAACUGUGACUGCAAUAGAAAUAUAUUGGUACUACCGAAAUUUCAAUUCAUUUUAUUCAUUUGUCGCCGUCCUAAAGUCAAUACUGCUAAGACACUAAUUGAAUUUUUCAUUUUUCAAUUUUUCACUUUUACAUUUUCAGAAUUUCUAUUGCAUUUUACAUUUUGCAAUUUUCAAUUUCCAAUCGCUUGCUCUCUCAAUGACUCACAAAGGAAUCCAGAUUGCCAUUGACAGAGGUGGAACCUUCUGUGAUGUCAUAGCCAAGAUCCCUGGGCAGCCAGAUCAUGUGUUCAAGUUACUUUCGGUAGAUCCCAAGAACUAUCCAGAUGCUCCUACCGAAGGAAUCAGAAGAGUGCUUGAAAAGGUGCAUGGAAUUGAAAUUCCAAAAGGAGCCAAGUUGAAGUUGGACAGUAUCCAGUCAAUCCGCAUGGGUACGACUGUAGCUACCAAUGCUUUGUUAGAAAGGAAAGGUGCCGGUGUCUUGCUAGUGACUACCAAAGGUUUCAAAGACGUCUUGGUAAUUGGAAACCAGACCAGACCCAGCAUUUUCGAUUUGACAGCCAAGAAGCUCAGCUACUUAUAUGACCAAGUCUUGGAAAUCGACGAAAGAGUCACCGUGCACGGUUUUUCUGAAGGUGGAGGUGAUAAGCUUGAAUUGGAUGAAACUUCGGAUGAGUUGGUACAAGGUGUAACUGGUGACACUAUUAGAAUCUUAAAGAAACCAGACUACGAAAAAGUGACACAAGACUUGCAAGCAAUCUUUGAUCAAGGAAAGAUAAAGACUAUUGCUUUGUCGUUAUUGCAUUCAUACGCCUAUCCUGAACAUGAAGCACAGGUAGCUAAGAUCGCCAAAGAUAUUGGCUACACUGUGUCCGUUUCCCAUGAAUUGCAGCCAAUGAUCGGUAUGGUAAAUCGUACUUCCUCAACUGUUGCUGAUGCCUACUUAAGUCCUAUCAUCAAUGACUACAUCCACAACUUCGGAAAUGGUUUUGAAGGUGGACUUGAAGCUUUUGGUAACAAGUUGCUCUUCAUGCAAUCAAAUGGUGGUCUUUGUCCCUGGUACAAGUUCACCGGGUUGAAAGCCAUCUUAUCUGGACCUGCCGGCGGUAUGGUUGGAUAUGGUGAAACUUGUUAUGAUGACGUUACCAAGAAGGCCACCAUAGGUUUUGAUGCUGGUGGGACCUCCACCGAUGUCUCUAGAUACUCAGGUAUUUUGGAACAUAUAUACGAAACUGUAGUCAGCGAGGUCAGCCUUCAAACCCCACAGUUAGAUAUCUCUACGGUGGCUGCAGGAGGUGGUUCCAUUUUGUUUUGGAAGAAUGGCAUGUUUGUAGUUGGUCCUGAAUCCGCAGGAUCUGAUCCAGGACCCGCUGCCUAUAGAAAGGGUGGCCCUUUGACAGUCACUGAUGCCAAUUUAUAUUUAGGCAGAUUAUUGCCAGACUUCUUCCCGAAGAUUUUCGGUCCUAAUCAAGACCAGCCUUUGGAUUACGAGUUAACUAGAAAGAAGUUUAAAGAAUUGACAGAAGAAAUCAACAAGGACAAAGCUAAAGAAGGAAUCAGUUUGACUCCAGAGGAAGUAGCCAGCGGAUUCUUGAAGGUGGCUGUAGAAGCAAUGGCUAGGCCAAUCAGAAACUUGACUGAAGCUAAGGGUUUCAACACUUCGGACCAUAAUUUGGCAUGUUUUGGCGGAUCUGGUGGUCAAUUCUCCGUUUCUUUGGCUAAAAAUUUGGGAAUAUCGCAUGUCGCUAUUCACAAGUAUUCCUCUUUGUUGUCUGCGUACGGUAUCCAAUUAGCUGAUAUUGUAAUCGAAAAACAAUCGCCAGCCUCAUUUGUCUAUUCUGAGCAGAACUUCAACAGUAUUGACACCAAAGUUAAUCUGUUGAUUGAUUUAGCUUACAAGGAUUACAAGGAUCAACACUUGUCAGAAUUUAAGACCAAACUUGAGGUCUACUUGAACAUGAGAUAUGUGGGCUCAGAUACUCAUCUCCUUAUACCUAGAAUUGAAGGAGAGUACGAUGCAGACCAAAGGUUUAUUCAAAGACAUCAGAGUGAAUUCGGAUUCACUUUGGAUAGAAAGUUGUUAGUGGACGAUGUCCAAGUCUUAUUAAUUGUUGAAAGUGAAGACAAGCAGAGCCAUAAUCCAUAUGAAGAAUUCAACAAAUUGACCAAGACAAUUAUCGCUCAGAAAUCUGAAACCAUCAGACCAAUUUAUUUCGAAGGUGAAGGAUGGUUGGACACUUCGGUGUACUUGUUGCCCGAAUUGAAGUUUGGUACAAUUAUAGAAGGUCCAUCAAUUAUCAUCGAUAACACACAAACUAUCUUAGUAGAACCGAAAUCAAAGGCUGCCAUCUUAUCAGAUCAUAUUUUGAUCUUAGUUGAACAAGAAGAACGUCAAAAUUUAUCUAGCAAGAUUGUUGAUCCAAUUCAGUUGUCGGUUUUUGGUCAUAGAUUCAUGUCCAUAGCUGAGCAGAUGGGAAGAACUUUACAACAAACAGCCAUUUCAACCAACAUCAAAGAAAGGUUAGAUUUCUCCUGUGCUUUAUUUGAUGGAAAUGGUGAUUUAGUUGCUAAUGCUCCGCAUGUUCCAAUCCAUUUGGGUGCAAUGUCAUUUGCUGUAAAGGCUCAGAGGAGUCUUUGGGAUGGAAAGUUGGAGCAAGGUGAUGUUCUUGUAUCCAACCACCCGCUGGCGGGAGGCUCUCAUUUACCAGAUAUUACUGUUAUAACUCCCGUGUUAGAUGAGAACAAUAAUCCUAUAUUCUGGACUGCUUCCAGAGGUCACCAUGCUGACAUUGGUUCAAUUUCUGCUGGUUCCAUGCCUCCUAAUUCCAAGACCAUCUAUGACGAAGGUGCUGCUAUUGUGACUCAUAAGUUGUGUUCAAGAGGCAAGUUUGAUGAAGUUGGUAUCACCAGAAUAUUGUUGGAAGAACCAGCAAAGCAUCCAGGUGGCUCAGGAACCAGAACCUUGAACGACAACAUUUCCGACUUGAAGGCUCAGGUUUCUGCAAACUACAAAGGGAUAACUUUAUUGCAAAGAUUAGUUGACGAAUUCAGUCUCGAUGUUAUCAACUUGUAUAUGGGAGCCAUUCAGUCUACAGCCGAAAUUGCUGUGCGUAAUCUUUUACGAUUGGCUUACGAAAAGUUUGGUGGUGAUGAUUUGAAGGCUAUUGACUAUUUGGAUGAUGGUACACCCAUUGCUUUGACAGUGAAAAUCAAUAAUGACACGGGCAGUGCUGUGUUUGAUUUCACAGAAUCAGGUGAUGAAAUCUACGGAAAUUUGAAUGCACCAAAGGCAAUCUUGUAUUCUGCUGUGUUGUAUGUUUUGAGAUCGUUGAUUAGCAGUGAUAUCCCUUUAAACAAUGGCUGUUUGAGGCCGAUAAUCUUCAAAACAAGACCUGGUUCUGUUGUGGACCCUUCAUUUGAAGCUGCUGUUGUUGGUGGUAACGUUGAAACUACUCAACGUAUAGUUGAUGUCAUGUUAAAGGCAUUUGAGGCUGCCGCAGCUUCCCAAGGAACUUGUAACAACUUCACUUUUGGUAUAACCGACAAGAAGAACAAUGUUUCCUUCGGCUACUAUGAGACGAUCUGUGGCGGUUCUGGAGCUGGCCCUACUUGGGAUGGUCAGUCUGUAGUCCAAUGUCAUACAACAAACACCAGAAUUACCGACACUGAGUUAUUUGAGAAACGUUACCCUGUAAUAUUGCACGAGUAUUCUGUUCGCCAAGGAUCUGGCGGUGAUGGUUUUCAUAAGGGUGGCAAUGGUGUUGUUAGAGAUAUUGAGUUUACCUAUCCGAACUUGCAGGUGUCGUGUUUGAUGGAAAGAAGAUCAUUGGCUCCAUUUGGAUUGUUGGGUGGUAAGUCUGGUUCUAGAGGCAGAAACUAUUGGUACAGGCACAAUGAAGAAGAGCCCGGUACGUUCAGACGAAUUUAUUUGGGUGGAAAAUGUACUGUUUCUAUUUCUAAGGGUGAUAGAGUUGUAAUUAUGACUCCUGGCGGUGGUGGUUUUGGAGAAGCAAGAGUUGAUGGGGCUGUGAACGAUUCCAAUGCAGUUAGCUACCCGGUGACCUCUAGCGUCCCAAGUAUCCUCACGGGCUCAGUAGGAAUGAGAUCAAUUACCCAGGAGACGAACUGAUUUUCUAUAUAUGAACAUUUCGUCAAUACAUGUACAGACUUUAGAAGCAUCACAAUAUGUGUGAGAGUGCCAAGUUGAAUCAAAAGGGUGCAAAAAAGUACUGAAAAAAGAUCUACCCAGAAUGGUAAGAGUUGCAACUGGUGACAAAUAUUUAUGAUUGUUUUGUCUAACUAUUCUAAAUUCAAAUAAUCUCAUGUAUAAUUGAAUACUUCAGUUUCUCACACGCCAACUUUGUAUAAUAUUGUACCUCUAGUCGAUGUAGACUACAACGUAUAAGUCAUCUGUUAGGAUAGCUCCAUAGUUAGUAUUCAGUCAAUGUCUCCCCACAAAAUGCGACAUCACACUCACCUGAU